GGAAGCUGGAAAUGCAAUUGCUGGGAUCUUCGGAGGCUGCGGAGCUGGAGGCGGAGGCGGCUGCGGGGGUCCGAGCGAUGUGACCAGGCCGCCGUCGCUCGGCUCUUCCUCUUUCCUGCCGCCUCCUGUCUCGAGAAGAACUUUUUUUUUUUUUUUUUUACUUAUAAAAAAAAUAAUAAGAGAAAAAAAAAGAAAGAAAAGAAAAAAAAAAAGAAAGUAUAGCCAUUCGCCUUUUCCCUCCCCACCCCGCUCUUUGCCUUCUCUUCCCAGGCCAUCACCCCCCCCCUUCCUUUUCACGUCCUCUCCUUCCCUCUCUGAGCCCUUGUGACCCGCGAGCAGGGAAGAGCCCGGGGUGGCCGCUCCGCCGUCGGGGGCCGCGCCUUGCCGAGCCCCGGGCCGCCCUGCCCCGCCGCCCCCAUGCAUCCCUUCUACUCCCGGGCCGCCACCAUGAUAGGCGAGAUCGCCGCCGCCGUGUCCUUCAUCUCCAAGUUCCUCCGCACCAAGGGGCUGACGAGCGAGCGGCAGCUGCAGACCUUCAGCCAGAGCCUCCAGGAGCUGCUGGCAGAACAUUAUAAACAUCACUGGUUCCCAGAAAAGCCCUGCAAAGGAUCAGGUUACCGCUGUAUCCGCAUCAACCAUAAAAUGGAUCCUCUGAUUGGACAGGCGGCGCAGCGGAUCGGGCUGAGCAGCCAGGAGCUGUUCCGGCUGCUCCCCAGCGAACUCACCCUCUGGGUGGACCCCUACGAGGUGUCCUACAGGAUCGGAGAGGACGGUUCCAUCUGCGUGCUGUACGAGGCCUCGCCGGCAGGAGCGACCACCCCAAACAGCACCAGCGUGCAAAUGGUAGACAGCAGAAUCAGCUGCAAGGAGGAACUUCUCUUGGGCAGAACAAGCCCUUCCAAAAACUACAAUAUGAUGACUGUAUCAGGUUAAGAUAUAGUCUUAUGGAUGGAUCUCAUCUUAUAAUGGAUGGAUAAAUUUGAUUUUUUUUUUUUUUUUUUUGUGCUUUGGGUGGGCUUCCUCUUUGGGGGAUGGAUUAUGGAAUUUAAACCAUGUUACAGCUGUGAAGAUCUGGCACACAAGAUAGAGUGGUACCUUUUUUUUUUUUUUUUUUUUUUUUUUAAAAUGAUUUAAUAGCCUGUGAGUCCAAGUGAAUGAUCACUUUUCGUUGCUAGGGAGUGAAGUCCUAGGGUGGGUUCCAUUUUCUCCCAGACAUUAUACUUAACAUCAGUCCCUUGAACGCAAAAAAAGAGAAAAAAUCUGUAUUUCAAAGAGCCUCUUUCUCUGAAGUAGAUCUUACAGAGGAAAUUUGCACUACUCCACUUGAAAAUCGUUAAUCUUUUUUUUUUUUUUUGGGCAGCUCAAUAGGAAAAAGCACCAUGUUUUUAAACAUGACAGUACUGGAAAUUUUAUGACAAGACUUUUACCUAGCACUUAAAUAUGUAAAAAAAAAAAAACAAUGUACAUAAGACAAACUCUGUAAGCAUGACCUGAGGAAAUGGUCAGACCUUGUGUUGUGUUUUUGGCCUUGAAAGUAGCAAAUGACCGGAAUUCUGCCACGGCAACAGGCUUAAAAAAAAAAAAAUUUUAAAAGACACUGUUUCAACUGUGGUGUUAGCACCAGCCAGCUCUCUCUGUACAUUUGCUAGCUUGUAGUUUUCUAAGACCGAGUAAACUUCGUAUUUUUUAGAAAGUGGAGGCCUGGUUUGUAACUUUCCUUGUACUUAAUAUGGGGUAAAAGUCUUUUCCACAAACCACCAUCUAUUUUGUGAACUUUGUUAGUCAUCUUUUAUUUGGUAAAUUAUGAACUGGUGUAAAUUUGUACAGUUCAUGUAUAUUGAUUGUGGCAAAGUUGUACAGAUUCCUAUAUUUUGGAUGAGAAAUUUUUCUUCUCUCUAUAAUAAAUUGUUUCUUAUCUUGGCAUUUUAA